ACUUUUACAUUUUUGUCUUUUUUGUUUAACGUCGGUUUUAAGAUUUCAAAAUGUCCGGACGCGGCAAGCAAGGCGGAAAGGCCCGAGCCAAGGCUAAAACCCGCUCUUCGCGGGCGGGGCUCCAGUUCCCUGUGGGUCGAGUGCACCGCUUGCUCCGCAAGGGCAACUACUCCGAGCGAGUCGGGGCUGGCGCGCCAGUAUAUCUGGCGGCGGUAUUGGAGUACCUGACCGCCGAGAUCCUGGAGCUGGCGGGCAACGCGGCCCGCGACAACAAGAAGACCCGCAUCAUCCCCCGACACCUGCAGCUGGCCAUCCGCAACGACGAGGAGCUAAACAAGCUGCUGGGUAAAGUCACAAUUGCUCAGGGCGGUGUUCUGCCCAACAUCCAGGCUGUGCUGCUCCCCAAGAAGACUGAGAGCCACCACAAGGCCAAGGGCAAGUAAAACGAGAACUCGCAUAUUGGCUUUUUACGGAAGCAAUCUUAACCAAAGGCUCUUUUCAGAGCCACCCAUGUAUUCAUUAAAAGGGCUCACAUUUUCUCUAUGUAAGUAGCUGUUCUGCAGCUUUCUUUAAUAAUUCUUUCACCUAUAAGUGAGUGUUCUUGCACUCUGAACCGUGAAACUAACCGUCCAUUUUAAGGAUGCCAUAAAAAUACUUGAGCAAAUUGGCGGGGCGCGGUUGCUUAACGCCUGUAAUCCCAGGACUUUGGAAGGCCAAGGUGGGCGGAUCCACAGGGUUAGGAGUUCCAAAACAGCCUGACCAACAUGGUGUGAAACCCCGUCUCUACUAAAAAUACAAAAAUUAGCCGGGCGUGGUGGCGCGCUCCUGUAAUUUUAGCUACUUAAGAGGUUGAGGCAGGAGAAAAGCUUGAACCCCAGAGGCAGAGGUUGCAGUGAGCCGAGAUCGCGCCACUGCACUCCAGUUUGGGCGACAGAACGAGACUCUUUCAAAACAAACAAUCCAAAAAAGCAAACUAAUUAAAAUGCAAAGAGACUUUAUGUCACAUGUAAUUUAAAUCGAUCAAUGCAGCAGCUCGUUAGGAUUGCAAAGCUGUUAAAAGGCCUGAGAAAUACAGGAGAGAAGUUAAUGUUUGUCAGAGAAGUUAAUGUUUGUCAGUGUUUACAUUUACAUAGAAAUGUAGUUAGUGACUUAAAGCAACAGAACAAGAACCAACCUUUUAUUGUCUUGUAUGCAUCUUAAUGAUACGAAAUAACCUGUAAUUUGUAAGGAUUUUGGGUUUGUUUUUGCAAGCCACUUUCAACUCUACUGAGCUAACCCUAAUUAAUUAUAAAUAGGAAUACAAACCUACAUCCUCUGGAGCCAGAUGGCCCUUAGGUGGAGCUUCUUAGCACAGUGUUCAGCAUGACUAAAAGGGCACACUGGUCUUUUUGUGCCAUUUAUAAAUUUGGCUUUUUUUUUUUUUUUUUUUUUACAGCAGAUUACACAAAUACCAGUUGAACUUGUAAAAGAUAAGAGACUGCUUUCAUAUGAGGAUGUCAUAUUGUGGUGAAAUUAAAUAUGUUCAUGUAGCUUAACAUCAGGUUUCAUAUUGUUACUUAUGAGUUAAUAGUCAUGGUGCAUUUGGAACAAAUUAUUGAAAAUAUCUCCAAGUUUAAAUAGACAAAUCAAGAUAUGAAAUUAGCCUUUCUAAACUUAAGAGGGUAAAAAGAAAUCACUUGGCCAAUCACAACUAGCGCGCGUCUUUUUAAAACGUUGAUCAAAGCCAGUUUCAGCGCCAACAUUUAAAAAAAAAU